UCCAGCGGUGCGUCGACGUGUGCGCCCAGGAAGGCGUCCUCGGACUUGGGUGGCGAGGGAGGAGCUGCGUCUCUAACAGUCCGGAACCCUGGCCUGGCACCGGACGGCCCCCGUCCCUUCUUCCGGCCCCGAGCCCGGGCGCGCUGGGACGCCGGCCCGGUUGUCCUCACACGCGCGUAAAGCGCCAGGGGGCGUUUCCGGCUAGAGGAAACGGACGCUUAUCGCGCGUCUGCCGAGUGGCCGCGCCUGCCUCCAACAGCUCCGCCAAAUGUUCACUAUUCCUCAGAAGGAAUCUGGGGCACCUGCCACCAGUGUGGGCCUAGCCUCUGCACAGGACCUGGACAGUAGCUAUGGGGAUGGUCUGGAAGGAGAAUGCUCCAGAAAACCAGACCAAAUGCUGCCAGAACUCCGUGGAAUGGGUGAUCCCACCAUGUUCUCCUCUGACAGCUCCUACCUGUCCUCAAGAGGACGAAUGAUUAAAUGGUUCUGGGACUCAGCUGAGGAGGGCUACAGGACCUACCACAUGGAUGAGUAUGAUGAGGACAAGAACCCCAGUGGCAUCAUUAACUUGGGCACUAGUGAGAAUAAACUCUGCUUUGAUCUGCUGUCCAAGAGGCUAAGUCAGCAAGACAUGCAAUGGGUAGAGCCAUCCCUGCUGCAGUACCCUGACUGGAGGGGACAUCUGUUCCUGCGGGAGGAAGUGGCCAAGUUCUUGUCUUUCUACUGCAAGAGCCCGGCACCCCUCAAACCAGAGAAUGUGGUUGUUCUGAAUGGCUGUGCCUCCCUCUUCUCUGCUCUGGCCACCGUGUUGUGCGAGGCUGGGGAGGCUUUCCUGAUCCCUACCCCAUACUAUGGAGCAGUCACACAGCACGUCUAUCUCUAUGGCCAUGUCCGGCUGGCUUACGUCUACCUGGACGCUAGGGUCACUGGGACAGACACACGCCCCUUCCAGCUCACAGUGGAGAAGCUAGAGAUGGCCUUACAAGAAGCUACUUCUAAGGGUGUAAAGGUCAAAGGCCUCAUCCUUAUCAACCCCCAGAACCCUCUGGGCGACAUCUACUCCCCGGGAGAGCUGCAGGAGUACCUGGUAUUUGCCAAGAGGCACGAGCUACACGUGAUUGUGGACGAGGUCUACAUGCUGUCUGUAUUUGAGGACUCGGUUGGCUACCGAAGCGUUCUAAGCCUGGAGGGGCUGCCUGACCCCCAGAGGACCCAUGUGAUGUGGGCUACUAGCAAGGACUUCGGGAUGUCUGGGCUCCGCUUUGGCACGCUGUACACAGAAAACCAGGAUGUGGCCACCGCUGUGGCUUCCCUCUGCCGCUAUCAUGGUCUCAGUGGCUUGGUCCAGUACCAGAUGGCACAGUUGCUCCGAGACCGUGAUUGGAUCAAUCAGGUGUACCUGCCAGGAAACCAUGCCCGGCUCAAGGCUGCCCAUGCCUAUGUCUCUGAAGAACUCAGGGCCCUGCGGAUCCCCUUCCUGAGUUGUGGGGCUGGCUUCUUCAUCUGGGCUGACUUGAAAAAGUACCUGCGCAAGGCCACCUUUGAGGAGGAGAUGCUGCUCUGGCGUCGCUUUUUGGACAACAAAGUACUGCUUUCCUUUGGCAAAGCCUUCGAGUGUAAAGAGCCUGGCUGGUUCCGCUUUGUCUUCUCAGACAAGGCCGAGCGGCUUCGCCUGGGGAUGCAGAGGGUCCGGCAGGUCCUGGAGGGUGUAACCCAAGUGGCAGAAGAUUCCCCCUCCUUGUCAGACCCAGGAGCCAAGUGAUCAGUGCAGGUGAACUGGCCGUUGCCUGGUGGACACAGGGCCUAGCAGCCACUGCUGACCUGUUGUGUUCUGGGGCUGCAGACGACUAUGGAUGUGCCAAUUGCCAUGAAGACAACCCAGCAAUGCUUUGCCCUUGAAGAAGAACUGCUGCUUGCCUUUGUCUGUGGCAUUCAAAGACUCCUUAAGCUGUGGUUCAACUUGGGCCAUCCCACUUCCCUAUUAAACAAAACUAGAUGCCCUUGUGGUGUGUAAUUUACAGAAUGGAGGAGUCGUGACUGCUCCUACCCACAGCCUCAACUCCCCCCCCAGCCAGCACACAAAGAGAAAACAAACAAGCUGUACCUUCUUUUUGCUAGCACUUUCUUACCUCUGUGUUGCCAGGGAAACAAGUCCAAGGAACAGCACAUGUAAGAGAGUAUGCUGAACAUUUUUUUUAAGAAGCGAUAACUUGGCUCAGCGCUUGUGGCUCAAGCGGCUAAGGCGCCAGCCACAUACGCCUGAGCUGGCGGGUUCGAAUUCAGCCCCAUGCCCGCUAAACAAUGAUGUCUGCAAUAAAAAAAUAGCUAGUCCUAGCUACCUGGGAGGUGGAGACAGGAGAAUCGCUUGAGCCCAGGAGUUAGAGGUUGCUGUGAGCUGUGAUGUCAUAGCACUCUACCCAGGGUGACAGCUUGAGGCUCUGUCUUAAAAAAAAAAAGAAGCAAUAACUUUCAAACUACAAGGAGAAUGAUACUAAUUCUGUUUGUUCGUAUUAUUGUCCCCACACUGAGGACAGCUGGGCUCACAGCACAGGUCAGUGAGUUAGAGGAGGUCAAAUAUCAUUGUGUUCACUUAGAAAGGAGGAGAAGGAUAAAUGGUGGUUGUGUUGGCAGAUAAUUGGCUCUACUAGUUUGAAGUCUGUCAGAGAAGCAAGACCCCUCUGAGGGGCAUGUUGAAGUUAGACCAGCGGUUCUCAACCUGUGGGUCACCACCCCUUUUUAACAAUGAAAAUACAUUGCGGCAUUAGGAAGGUUGAAAACCACUGAGUUAGACUUUAACCAAAUGUAGGAGAUAGAGAGGCCAAGAAAAGGAUGGUGGUGGGAGAGUCAGAGGAAAAUCACCAGGCAGGGACCAUGAUGGAGAUCUGGUGAAGGAGUCUGUUGCCUCUGUGUCUGGUGGUUGGCCUGAAACCCCUGUAGGUCAGCAAGGCAGGUGAUUAGGAAGAAAAACUGACAUAAAGUGGGUGGAAGCAGAUAAGUUGGUACCUACUGCAUGGGCGACCUGUUUUAUGAAGCUGGCUCUAUUAUCUGAGUUCCACACAUGUUCCAUUCAGGACUUGGAAAUGCGGAGGAGAAAGUGUGAGGGGUUGGAGAGUCUGUUUGUGACCCCACACCCUGGGAGCAGGGAGAUCAGCUGGUAUGUGUGCAAGCUGCUGUGAGGCCUGGUGCCCCAUACCAAGGGCACUGUGGCUGCUGCUUCUCUUCUGCCUUCCAAGUCUUUUGUGGCCAAUCCCAACCCAGGACCGUAUAGGAAAGAAUAUUCUAAGAAAUGUAGUUCCAGCUUAGAUAACCUGGCCUAGAACAAAAUGACUAUACCUUCUUCUGAAUUCUGGAACCACGAUUCAAUUGAUGAACAGGACCUACCCAUGUGAAAGUAGAUACUGAAGUUGAGAAAGCUCCAAACGGUAUUGAGGAAGAAGGGAUGAUGCAGAUAAGUGGUAUGAAGACAAAGUGCAUGAGUGGUGCAUGAGCAAAGACAAGUGAGACCAAACUGGUACUUCAGGGCAGGCUGUUAGGGGUCUGGAGGAUCUUGUUUACCACAGUAAGGAAUUAAUUUGGAAGCCAUCAAGGGAUUUUAAGCAGGGAAUAAGUUGUAUUUUGUGCUUUCUUGACCUGCUAAAUGCUUUUUCUUCCUUCAAUAUACUGUAGUUUAUGUAUCCAUUUUCCUGUUGAUAGGCAUUUAUUUUCAGUUUUUUAAAAUGAUUGUCACAUUUUUAAACAUACUGCCUUAUACAAAUAUGGACAUUUCUCAAGGCUGUAUAUUUAGGACUAGUCAUACUGAUUAUAGGAUAUGUGCAUCUUUAACUUAACUAGAUAUUUUCAAAUUAGGCUCCAAUGUGGUUAACCAGUUGACACACUGAUCAUCAAUGAAUCAGUUUUGAGAGACCCACAUCCUUUUUGAUACAUGCCAUUAGGUUUCUAAAUUGUGUUCAGUCUGAUAAUCUGUGAAACAGUUAUUUCACUGUGUUUUUGCUUUUUAAUUCUAUAAUCACUAGGGAGGAUA